UGGCCAGUUGAGGUCAGAUGACUCAGGUGUCUACACCUGUACAGGCUCCACCCACAGUCAACUGGAGCAGAGACAGCUCACGCUCAAAGUACAAGGAGACCUGAGGAUCACCAUGCCCCCUAACAAUGUGCAGGUGUCUCAGGGCGGCACGGCCCAGCUCCUGUGUGGUGUCUGGGGACAACGUCAGCGUCGGCUGGUCCAGGAAUGGUGUCCCUGUGCGACCAGAUGGUGGGCGUGUUCAGAUGUCAUCAGAUGGUAGUCUGAUCGUGAAUAACGUGCAGCCGACAGACGAGGGUUCCUACACCUGUAAUGCCUACACUGGAACAUACUCUGUCAGCGCCACAGCUGAAGUGCGCAUAAACAAGGCCUCACGGCAAGAGCUGGAUACAGGUCUUGGUGUGCCAGCUGAGUGUGUGGACCAGCCAGAGCUGGCUAACUGUGAGCUGAUAGUGUACGCCCGUCUGUGUAACAGCCAGUACUACUCUAGUUUCUGCUGUGCCAGCUGUGCCAGGCACGCCAAGGAGAGGACAGAUACGGCCAGAUAG